ACAGGCUCUUGGCACAUAUCUAUUUUUUUUCCUCUUAUCCAGCUCGAUCCAUCUUUUCCUUUCUUCCCGUUAACACACAACAAAAAAAAGACACACUUAUAGAAUGAGCUCGCCAACCGAAACCGAGAUGAGAGCUGCCCGAAUGGGCAGUCGCUCAUUCUCUUUGCCGUUCGUGGAUACCAUUCUCCAAAACCGACGUCGCAAGUCCAGUCAAAGUCAACUGGAUGGUGAACUACAGCGUCAACAACGAUCGCCGUUCGUUUCUGUUCAUCCUGCAGCCAGUAUCAGAAGCAGCAUUAUGGGUGGUGGUGGUGGUGGUAGUGGAAUGAACAUUGAGAAUGACGAGUGGUUUAAUGGACAAGAAGACAAUGUCGAAGCAGACGUCCUGUUUCCACAAUAUGAAGGCGACAUGCAAGACAAGGCUGAUAUGGCGGCUUUUGGUGAAAUGGUGGAUCGACGCACUUCGAACGACGCCAGUACUGUAAAGUUGUCAAGAACGUUGAGCAAGCGGAGUCGAUCCUACGGCGACCCACAUGCCAUGUAUGGAGUGGUGGAUCCAGAGGCUUAUCGGUAUCAUAUCUAUGCUUCCGGUAAAUCAGAAGCGCCUACACAGCGGUUGCAGCAGUUGUUGACGGAAGAAGGUCGCAAAUUACUGGAUGUGGCAUUGAAAACGUCGGGUUGGUGGGUCGAUGUAUUGAGCCCCACGGAUGAGGAAAUGAAAACGAUAAGCAAGACUUUUCAUAUCCACCCGUUGACGGCUGAAGACGUGCUUGCACAAGAACCACGCGAAAAAAUGGAACUAUUUCCAAACUAUACCUUUAUCACCUUCCGAAGCUUCCAGAUCGACCCAUAUACCGAGCAGAUCCUUCCUUUUAACUUUUACAUUCUAAUUUUCAAGCAAGGCCUUCUAACAUUCCAUUUCAAAGCUUCCAACAUCCCUGAAAGAGUACGGGACCGAACAGACCAACUUAAAUCAAACAUGACGAUCACGCCAGACUGGAUGAACUACGCAUUGAUAGAUGCUGUUACGGACGAGUUUGCACCUACAAUACUGCAAGUUGAAAUGGAAGCCGUUUCGAUCGAUGAACUGUCACUUGUCCUUCGACGAUCCGAACAAGCGGAUAUGCUGCGGCGCAUCAGCCGAUGCAGACGUCGAUCCACACAAUUAUCACGGCUGUUGGCGUCGAAAUUGGAUGUUUUGAAAAGUCUAAUGAAACGAUACGAGGACUGGGCAACCGGGGAUGAUGAUUUGUCGGACGAUCCUCUUACUGCAGAGGGAAGAAAGGCAUUCAGUGACGUAUGUCUCUAUUUAGGGGAUAUCCAAGACCACGUCGUUACAAUGGUGCAAAAUAUUAGUCAUUAUAAUCGUAUCCUUGGACGAGCACAUACAAACUACUUGGCUCAAGUCAACGUGGAACUCACGCAAACAUACAGUCUCACGAACAUGGUGAUGAACCGACUGACCUUUCUUGCCACAGUCUUUGUGCCACUUACCGUUGUUGGCGGUUUGUUCGGCAUGAAUGUCAAGGUUCCAGGCCAAGACUACUUGGACCUCAGCUACUACUUUUGGAUUUUGACUGGAUUUGCACUGUAUAUCAUUGCGACUGCGUACUUUGGAAAAUAUAUCGGCAUGUUGUAAAACGAAUGAGAUGCAUGUACUACUAUCAUAAACACACGCGACACACCCUGUUUUCCGUCUCAGAUUCCACACCACACGCAACAAAUAAUAAUAUAGAGCCAUCUUGCAUUUGCAUUUGAGAACGUCACGCACGCCCACGGGAACCCACAGAAGAAAGAGAUGGUCUUUUUGUGUACUGGAGGUGCUUUUCGCGCGAUUGUCCUCAGGGGGGGGGAGGCGAGACUCUUUUUCCACUCUGUACGUAUAUCUUUUUCCUUUUGGAAUGACCCCCUUCUUAGGUGUAUUCACUAUGACUACUGCCGCAAUAAAUGGGGCUACUUGACAUCGGGUGUGGCAAAUGAUGAUGGUUGACAGCUAGGAUAUAUUGAUAGUAGAUGUGAUGUU